AUGUAUGCUGACCAGGUAGACAAAAACCCGGACACCAGAAAAAUGCACACAGAGGACAGCAUGGGACCCCAUCAAGUGCUCCUUCUGCUUACUCCCCCUAAAGCUUACGUGGUGGUGGUGUCUCCUCAGAGGCCAUUUUACUCUGGAGAGUUAGUUACUCUUUGGUGUGAUAUAGUAGAGGACACAGCAUGGGAUCUGUAUUACUGGUACAGAGAUGAAAGCCAAGUUCCCAGGAUCAGUGAGACCAUCACCAUCAGACUCCCAGAUGAGGCAGCUUCCUCUAAAGCUACAGUGGUGGUGUUGUCUCCUAAGCCUCCUUUAUAUUCUGGAGAGAAAGUCACUCUGGAGUGUAAGAUAGCCAAGAACAUAGACUGGGGUCAGUAUUACUGGCAUAGAAACAACAGUCCAGUUCACAGAGAGUCUAAGGAGACCAUCACCAUCACCCUCCCACAAGAGGCGGCUCCCCCUACAGCUGGAGUGAUGGUGGUGUCUCCUCAGCCACCUUUCUUCUCUGGAGAGAGAGUCACUCUAAGGUGUAACAUAGUAGAGUACACAGACUGGGGUCAGUAUUUCUGGUACAGAGACAACAGCCUACUUCCCAGUCAGACCAGUGAGACCAUCACCAUCACACUCCCACAAGAGGCGGGUCAGUACCAGUGCUUUGGACAGAGGAAGGAUCGUCCUUGUGUAUCAUUUUUAAGUGAGCGUAGUCACAUUGGGUGCAAAGAGGAAAAGCCAACUCCUACAAUCAGUUCAGAAACAGACGCAACAGUGUUCACUGGAAACUCAGUUACCCUGAGAUGUGACAUGGGCAAGUCUACUGGAUGGACAUUCUACUGGUACAGAAACACACAGACCUCUGAUCCUGUGGCCCAGACUGAUGGAGACUCCUACAGCAUCAGUCCUGUUAAAGUCUCUGAUGGAGGACAGUGCUGGUGCAGAGCUGGGAGAGGAGACCCAGUCUUCUACACACAGUACAGCAAUGAGGUGUGGGUGAAGGUCAUAGAGAGUCCAAAGGCUGUUUUAACCCUUAUGUCCAACUGGUCAACCAUCUUCAGUGGAGAAACAUUGCAGCUCCAAUGUAACAUACAGGAAGAACAACAACAACAACACAAAGACUGGCAGUACAGCUGGUAUAAAAAUGGAGAUGAUCUAAACUGUAUGAGCUCCAAGCCAGAUUACACAGUCGUACGUGCCAACAAGUCCCACAGUGGGGACUACUACUGUAGAGGAAUACGCAGAGGAGAUUUACAGUCAUCGGAUACCAGCGAGGUGGUCAGAAUAACGGUUUUAGAAAAAACAAAGCCAGUUCUUCAAGGACCUCCACAGACCUGGCUGACUGAAGGAGACUCAGUGACACUGAGCUGUGAGGUUAGAGGCUCCACUACAGGCUGGAGAUUCCACUGGUACAAGACUGCCCCCUAUAGGUCUGGGUUGUCUCAAGUAGCUGGAAGUGAGGGGUAUUAUAUAGAACUCCUCUCAGACAGCAUAAAAGGAGCUGGAGGCUCCUACACUCUCAGCCCUAGUGCUCUUAGAGACACAGGGGUUUAUGUGUGCAGAGCAGAGAGAGGAGAGCCAGCCCAUCACACAGAGUUCAGCCAACCUCAGCCUCUCUGGGUCACAGGUUUGUCUCCUUCAUCCUCCUUGGUAGUCAGUCCCAACAGAAAUCAACAUUUUACAUCUGAGUCUCUGUCCCUGAGCUGUGAGGGGAGUGGGAACUCUACUGGAUGGACAUUGAGAGGUUUCUCAACAAGAAUAGCCCACACCAAAUGUCCGCCUUGUUGGACAGAAGUGAGCGUUUACUGGUGCCAGUCUGAUUCUGGAGAGCAGAGUAGUCCGGUCAACAUCACAGUGUAUGGCGGUGAUGUCAUCCUGGAGAGUCCUGCCCAUCCUGUGACCGAUGGAGAUCCUCUGACUCUGCGCUGUAGAUAUCGCAAUCAGUCAUCAAACAUCAGUGCUGACUUCUAUAAAGAUGGGACACUCCUGCAGACCUCCACCACAGGAGAGAUGACCAUCCCUGCAGUCUCAAAGUCACAUGAAGGCCUCUUUCAGUGCAGCAACCCAGAGAAAGGAGAGUCACCAGUGAGCUGGAUCACUGUAAAGGCCCCAUAUUCAGGAUCCUCUCUGCUGGUAACUGUGGGUACAAUUGUUAGGCUGGUGAUCAUAUUUGCCCUCAUCAUUAUGCUGCUUCUGCUGUAUCUCUUCAAAAAGCUGAAAGGUCUGAGUACACGGACAACACAGACAUCUCUACCUCCUUCUAGUGGUCAACAGAAGGGAAGUACAAAACAAGGGUCCAAUCAGAACGAGAGUGAGGCUGCAGGAAGUGAUGGGGCUCAGGCAGAAUAUAUACCUAUGCAAAGAGGUAAUGGAGAAGAAUAUGAGGAAAUGGCUUCUGUACAUCCAGGAGCAGAAGAUAUACCUCUCCAGGCUGAUCCCAAACAAAUGUAGGAGCUGAAUAUGUUUAAAUGCUUAUGUACAUUAUGAAACGCAAAAAAAUAUGAGUUUUGAAUGUUGUGUAAAUACUUUUUUUAAAAUUAUUGUUAACUUUGUUUUGAUCUGCUAAUGUAGGUGUUUGGAUGUACAUUAUAUCAGCUUGACUGGCAGUUUACCAUGCAGGUGGGGAUUUGCCCUUCUUCUGUUUGAGUGUAGGCUUUUUAACUGUGACUAUUUAACAAUGACAAUGUAUGGCACUCUCCAUUUAAUUCUGAUAUUGUAGUAUCAACAACAUUUUGUGUGUUAAAUUGAUGUUAAAUUGAAUAAAAAUCGAUCGGUACAACAAGGAAGUAGACGACAGCAGUUUGUCAGGAAGGCAUUUUAAUGAUCCUUUUA